CUAAGUGCAAAAGGUUUAAGCCGUUUAGGGCCGUCGAUCUUCCGGCGACAAUUCCGAAGCUGUUCUCUUCUUCGGCAUCUCCGUCUCUCUCCCUGCAUUAAGCACCGAUCUCCGUUUCCUCCAUUCUUCCAUUCCCCAAUUCCCUUUCUCCAAAUUCCCUCAUUUACCUUUACAAUGACACAAUCUCUCCAACUUUUCACUUCCUCCGCCAUCUCUCUCCCCAAACACUCCAUCUCUAAACCCUCCUCUUCCUCCGCCGCUUUCCGCUUUCCUUUCUCCUUCUCCAAAUCCUCAAUUAGAGCUUCUUCUUCUUCGGAUCUCAAUCCUCUCUCAUCUUCUUCCACUUCCCAAGUCUUGGUUUCUGAAAAUGGCUCCAGUUCCGGUGGUGGGGUUGUGUUCUCUUCUGCUGCUACUAGGGAGUUUGUGUCUGUUGCCUCUGAUUCCACCUCGAUUGAGGUUGAUGCUGUCACUGAGGCUGAGUUGAAGGAGAAUGGGUUCAGGAGUACCAGGAGGACUAAGCUCGUGUGCACUAUUGGCCCUGCUACUUGUGGAUUCGAACAGCUCGAGGCGCUCGCUGUUGGUGGUAUGAAUGUCGCUAGGAUCAAUAUGUGCCAUGGGACUCGAGACUGGCAUCGAACCGUUAUUGAACGUGUGCGGAGGCUCAAUGAUGGGAAGGGAUAUGCUGUUGCUAUUAUGAUGGACACCGAAGGGAGUGAAAUUCACAUGGGUGAUCUUGGUGGCGCCUCCUCGGCUAAAGCGGAAGAUGGUGAAAUUUGGACAUUCAGUGUCAGAGCUUUUGAUUCAACCCUCCCAGAACGCACCAUUAAUGUGAACUAUGAAGGGUUUGCAGAAGAUGUGAGAGUGGGUGAUGACCUUCUUGUUGAUGGUGGAAUGGUGAGGUUUGAGGUAAUCGAAAAAAUUGGUCCAGAUGUUAAAUGCCUGUGUACUGACCCGGGAUUGUUGUUGCCACGGGCUAAUUUGACUUUUUGGAGGGAUGGACAUCUAGUACGAGAACGUAAUGCCAUGCUCCCUACAAUUUCUUCUAAGGAUUGGUUGGAUAUUGAUUUUGGGAUUGCUGAAGGUGUUGAUUUUCUGGCCAUAUCAUUUGUCAAGUCUGCUGAAGUAAUUAAACAUCUCAAAAGCUAUAUCGCUGCACGUUCUCGUGGCAGUGACAUUUCCAUCAUUGCAAAAAUAGAGAGUCUGGACUCGUUGAAGAACUUGGAAGAAAUUAUUUUGGCAUCAGAUGGAGCUAUGGUAGCUAGAGGAGAUUUAGGAGCUCAAAUACCAUUGGAACAGGUGCCAUCAGUCCAGCAAAAGGUCGUCCAACUGUGCAGACAAUUAAAUAAACCAGUUAUUGUUGCUUCUCAGCUGCUUGAGUCAAUGAUCGAAUAUCCUACACCCACCAGAGCUGAAGUGGCUGAUGUUUCCGAGGCGGUUAGGCAGCGAUCAGAUGCUCUAAUGCUGUCUGGUGAGUCCGCCAUGGGCCAGUACCCCGACAAGGCAUUGGCUGUUUUGAGAAGUGUUAGUCUAAGAAUUGAAAAGUGGUGGAGGGAUGAAAAACGCCAUGAACCUAUGGAACUCCCAGAAGUUGGAUCUUCAUUCUCAGAUAGUAUCUUAGAAGAGAUCUGCAAUUCGGCUGCUAAAAUGGCUAAUAAUUUGGAGGUAGAUGCAAUUUUUGUCUACACAACAUCAGGCCACAUGGCAUCUCUGCUGUCCCGUUGCCGACCUGAUUGCCCAAUCUUUGCUUUUACUUCCACAACAUCUGUUAGGAGACGUCUUAACUUGCAAUGGGGAUUGAUACCCUUCCGACUGAGCUUCUCUGACGACAUGGAAAACAACCUCAACAAAACAUUUUUGCUGCUUAAAGCCAGAAACUUGAUCAAAUCAGGUGACCUUGUAAUUGCUGUAUCAGACAUGUUGCAAUCUAUCCAAGUUAUGAAUGUUCCAUAAGGAAGAAGGGGCUCAGUAUGGUUCCUGCUGAUGUUCCAUUCCUUUAAAUUAUUUAACAUAAUCAAAGUUUUCUGGGUCUGCUAUUUAGUUGCUAGGAAAAUCGAUGGAAACAAGCUUCAGGUUUUUCGUUUGGUUGAACUCUGAUUUGCUUGCUUUAUUUAUUUCUUAUUAUGUAACAUUUUAGUGGCUAUAAGAUAAGUGUUCUAUGAACAAACUUGAUUUACGAGUUAUUUAUGUAGUUUUUGUGAUAACAAUAAGUAAUAUUAUGUAUUUCUGGGCUUUUUGUUAAAAAAUUGAAGCAUCUGGGAAGUGUUAUCUAAAUGUUGGUUAUCAUCU